GGUUUUGUCACGAUGUGGCGUGACCACAGGACACGAAGGCAGUGCUUGCGUUCCCGGGCGCGGCUACUUGAGGAACGGGUGUCGCUGCUACCGGAGUAUUCGCCAUGGAGAUGUCCGCCAUGAAACUCGUCCUCGUCGUGGUGGCAGCCACUUUGAUGUUGGUGCAGCAGGUCGCUGCGCGCGCCGAUCGGCCGCUCAACGAGAAGCUGACGACGUGCAUCGGGCUCUCGGUGCAGCCUGGUGUGAGCGACAGGCACCCGCUCACGGCCUGCGUCGAACUCGCCACCGCCUACUUCCGCCUGCUGCGUCGCGACUGGCAUCAGAUGUACGUGACGUGCGUCACCAACAAGGGCACGGCCGAGCCCUCCAUCUACGAGAACUGGGCCAGCAAGGCUGCCGACUGCGUCGACCAGUGGGCCAACAUUCCCUAAAUAAAAGUAUCACCAGCUGCAAGUAAAACUACCCUCGCACAGCCGUUCUGCAGCAAGGUCACUGGACAUUUUCAUGCUUCAUUGAUAUCAAAGCCGCUGUGCUGCACUCAAGCGGCGGUCGUCUACUUGUUGCUCACCUCCAACAACUUGAAACAUUUGAACACCAACUGAACCAAUAAAAUAAUUGUGACGCUUAAGCGUUAGUUUCUGGGAAGAAA